AUGCCAAAAUAUCUCAAUCUCCCCCGCGAAGGCCUCUACAUCGACCCCCUCGCCCAAAUCCUCCGCAAAACCCUCCUAAACCCCAUCCCAGGCCUUCUCCUCUGGCUCUACACACAGAGCAACCCAUCAUCCCCGCUAACAAGCCUCUCCGAACCAGCAAAAUGGGCUACCAUACUCGGCCUGAUCCUGUUAGCCAACGAUAGCCUCACCUUCUGGAGCCGCAAUAACUGGGUUUCGGAUUGCUGGGGCGGAGAAAAGGAGAUUGUCGUUGUGACGGGUGGUGCGGGGGGUAUUGGGGCGAGUGUUGCGUGUCGAUUGGGAAGGGAGGGGGUGAGGGUUGUUGUUGUUGAUGUUGUUCCGUUGACGUAUGAUAUUGCGGGCAUGAAAAUCGUCUAUUAUAAAUGCGAUCUAAGCGAUGAAAUCGAAGUCAAGAAUAUCUCUGAUCGGAUUCGGAGGGAAGUAGGGAAUCCUACUGUUCUGAUCAACAACGCCGGACUCUGUCGAGGACAGCCCAUCAGCCAAGGAUCCUACCACGACAACAGCAUCACCCUCCGCACGAACCUCCUCGCCCCGUUCCUCCUGACGAAAGAAUUCCUCCCAGACAUGAUCAAACACGACCACGGACAUAUCUUUACCAUCUCCUCGAUGAGCGCGUAUAUCCCUCCCGCGGGAGUAGCCGAUUACGCCGCUUCCAAGGCAGGAUUGAUCGCAUCCCACGAGUCCCUCGGACUAGAACUAAAACACACCCACAAAACCCCCCGAGUGCGAACCUCCCUCGCUGUGUUGAGUUUCAUCAAAACGCCCCUCUUCAAAGGCGAAACGAACCAAGCCCGCUUUUUGACGCCCUUGAUGCAUGUUGAUACAGUCGGGGAUGCGAUUGUGGAUACGCUGUAUAGUGGAUAUGCACGGACGAUCUACUUACCUGGUAUAAUGAGGUUUUUGGCGGGGAUUCGAGGUGCGCCGGAAUGGGUUCAGAUGGGGAUACGGGGUGAGUCACAGAAGUUGAGGGUUGAUUUUCGGGGGAGGCAAACGGUUGAUUCGAAGACAGGGAAGAUUGCUUCAUGA